CUCCGCUUUGCCGGGAGCGCAGCGGAGGAAUGGACCCCCUCGGAACGCUGCUGCUGCUGCUCCUCUUGGCGACGAGCGGGGCGGAACAGCCGCGGGAUUCCCUGCGGGAAGAGCUGCUGCUCAGCCCGCUCCCGUCGGGGGACGUGGCCGCCACCUUCCAGUUCCGGACGCGCUGGGAUUCCGACUUGCAGCGGGAGGGCGUCUCUCAUUACCGGCUAUUCCCCAAAGCCCUUGGCCAGCUCAUUUCCAAGUACUCGGUGCGCGAAUUGCAUCUCUCCCUCACUCAGGGCUUCUGGCGGACACGGAGCUGGGGACAGCCUUACUUGCAAGCUCCGGCUGGGGCUGAGCUCUGGGUUUGGUUUCAGGAGUCUGUCUCUGACGUUGACAAAGCUUGGAAAGAUCUCAGCAACAUCCUCUCAGGAAUAUUCUGUGCCUCUCUGAACUUUAUUGAUUCCACCAACACUGUCAUUCCAACAGCAUCCUUCAAACCUCUGGGAUUGGCAAAUGUUACAGACCACCAUUUCCUACGAUAUGCCGUCCUUCCCCGUGAAGUUGUCUGCACUGAGAACCUCACACCCUGGAAGAAGCUGCUGCCAUGCAGCUCAAAGGCUGGCCUGGCUGUUCUGCUGAAGGCUGAGCGCUUGUUCCACAGCAGUUACCACUCCCAAGCUGUGCACAUCCGCCCCAUUUGCAGGGAUGCCUCAUGUUUGAGCAUGUCCUGGGAGCUCAGACAGACCCUCACGGUUGUCUUUGAUUCCUUUGCCAGCGGCCAUGGAAAGAAAGAUUGGUCCCUCUUCAAGAUCUUCUCCCGCACUCUUACUGAAGCGUGCCCACUGGCGUCUCAAAGCAAAGUCUACGUUGACAUUUCCAGUAAAGGCCAGGAGAAAGAGUUACUUGAAGUUUCCCCAGCUCCCUUGUCUGUACAUGAAGCAUCCGUCCAAGGAGACAGGAGAACAUACGCAGUCUAUGAUCUCCUGAACCCGGGACUUUUUAAUGGCUCUCGCAGCCUCAAUGUGCAACUAAAAUGGAAGCGCCCUCAGGAUGGCUUGGAUCUGGCAGUACCUGUGCUCCAUGCCCAGCGCUAUGUGAGUGGCUAUGGCCUCGAGACAGGAGAAAUCAGCACCCUAAUCUAUAACACACACCCAUACCGAGCUUUCCCUGUGCUUCUGCUGGAGACUGUGCCCUGGUAUCUGCGACUCUACAUCCACACGCUGACCAUUAUCACCAAGGGCAAGGAAAACAAACCAAGUUACAUCCACUAUCAGCCAGCUCAGGACCGACAGCGACCCCAUCUCUUGGAAAUGCUGAUUCAGCUGCCGGCAAACUCUGUCACAAAGAUCACCAUCCAGUUUGAGAGAGCCUUGCUGAAGUGGACAGAAUACACUCCUGACCCCAACCACGGGUUUUAUGUGAGCCCAUCUGUUCUGAGUGCCCUAGUGCCCAGUGUCAUUGCGAUGAAAGAGGAAGAUGAAGAUCAAAGUCCACUCUUUGCUUCACUGUUUCCUUCCUUGGACGGCUCCAGCUACUUUGUGCGCCUCUACACAGAACCGCUGCUGGUGAACCUGCCGACGCCAGACUUCAGCAUGCCGUAUAAUGUCAUUUGCUUGACCUGCACAGUGGUAGCUGUUUGCUAUGGCUCCUUCUAUAACCUGCUGACCAGAACCUUCCAUGUAGAAGAACCUAACAGGGGAGGCUUAGCCAAGCGACUGGCGAACAUAAUCCGUAAAAUGAGAGGCGUCCCACUUCUUUGAGGGCAGGCGAUACAGCCGCUUCGUCAAGGAUCUCUACUGCCAAGACUUGCUGGGACAAAGCUGCAAGAAGAUAGGUGGGCUUAAGGCAGAUGUAACACCUGUUUUGCCCUCUAGUUCCUUCACAGCCAAUAAAUCUGCUGUUUGUGCCUGCCUGCCACCAGCUAGGGAAGCAAUCACUGGUACUGGGACUGCAAGAGCAAAAUGCCCAAGGAUGAAGCUUGCUAAUUUAAGGGGAACUUCCAUUUGCCGGAAAAACACUGGAAAUAAACUUGACCUGUUUCUGAACUAUGAUCACCUUGGCCUUGCUCAAACGCUAGAGCCUGCACCACUUAACUCACCAACCUGUUUUUCAUUUUCUUCCACAGCAACUGAUUGCUGUGCUAAUUAUCCUUUUUUGAGCUGUCGUGUAAUGGAUGUAGUUGGAACGCUGAACCUUUUUUCAGGUCAGAGAAAAAAAGCUCGCAGAAAAAAUGCUUGGGGAAAUGGCAAAACCGAAGGCAACUAGAGAGAGUGCAACAGAGAGAAUAAAUAGCAUUUUAGGCCUCAGACUAUCUAAUUUUAGCAUGCUGUCUCUUGCUGUUUUGGAGAAGAGAGUGAGGAUAUGAGGAGGCAGCUAUAAUUGGGAAAAGAAAAUUGCUAGGGGGGGUUCAUUUGGGACUGUGGGGUUUGGGGUGGUCAGGCUGGUCACAGGGGACACUAUGAAAUAAAAGAGAAACCAUGCUGUGUGAGUCGAUACCAACUUGAUUUGCGUUCGUAUCUGCUGGUGAUGGGAAUAACCACUGUUUGCUGCAUAAGAGAGGAAGAAGACAAAAAAAAGAACUGUUAGAGAUGGAUAAGGAAUUCAAUAAAUAAAUGCUGUGUGGUGA